ACUGGAUCAUGUUUGCUUUACGCUUGGUUACCAUGGCGUAAAAUAUCUUCAUACCACAAAUCUCUUGUAAUGUUCUUGAUCCAGCUCUUUAAAGUUGCCACAAAGGGUCAUUGCUUGCGCAAGACACCGAGUAAGCAUUCUACACGCUUGGAUUUCUACUGAGAAGCUCGAUACAGUGCUCGGAGUCCAUGGUUUUAAAGCCGUCUGUUCUUUGGGCACCGUUAAUUCCCCCAUGGUGAGACUGUUUUUGUUUCGUCUGGGAUCACUGUUAGGCCUGUUUGGUUUACUGGUUUGGGAAGCGUUUCGUAGUCAAAACGAAGAUAACUUCGCAGAAAAUAACAACUUCAGACGUCACGAUGUAUACAGUUUUCGAGAAAAUACUUGGAAGACAACUGACGAGACCCAAGAGUUGCGGAAGAAGCACCUCAUUGACUACUGUCACAAGCGAGACCCAAAAGAACUUCUCCCUCCACAUUCAAGCAACGAAAUCCCCGCGUACUAUUUCAGAAACAUCAUUGUGGAUGAUUAUCACAAACUACUCUAUUGUUACAUUCCGAAAGUGGCUUGCUCCAACUGGAAACGAGUGCUCAUGGUUAUGAAUGGUGACGCCGCUGACCCAUGGAGUAUUAAGACCGCGGACGUGCAUAAUCGCAGCUUAGGAUUUUUUCGAUAUUUGAACCAAUACUCUGCGGAGGAGAUUGUUCACAGACUCAGCACUUACUACAAGUUUCUGUUCGUUCGACACCCAUUUGAGCGACUUGUUUCAGCAUACAGAAACAAGUUCAUAGACUCUUACAAUUUGACGCUGUUUAAAGAGAUGUAUGGCAGGCAUAUCAUACGAAAAUAUCGGCAUAAUCCCGAUAUCAGGUCUCUCAAGACGGGAGAAGGUGUGAGCUUUGCAGAAUUUGUUGAAUUUAUUAAUAAUUCUGAGCCCGAGUUUAUGGAUUGGCACUGGAAACUGUACGACAUGCUGUGCCAUCCGUGUUUAAUUUACUACGAUUUUAUAGGAAAGUUUGAAAAUUUAUAUACUGAAGCUGACCAGCUAUUGAACAUUCUCCAGGCGAAUGAUAAAGUACAAUUUCCACACAAUAAGACUUCUAGAUACAAGUUAUCCACAAAAGGUCUAGCAAAGGAGUAUUUCAAGUCGCUGCCGAAGCAGACUAAAGGCAAAUUGUAUAACAAGUACAGGCAUGAUUUUGAGAUGUUCGGAUAUUCGAUGGAAGAGUACUCCUGAGUAUGAAUAUUUUAACAUUUUUUUUUUUUUUUAUGAAAACGCUGAGUUAAUGACUGCACAUUGUUCUAGUCAAGUGAUGCAGCCGAAAAUCGACGGGAUGCUAUGACUUCAUCAUGCCUUGUCGCAUGAAGAACACUUGUUGGUCACGUAAGUGAUAAUCCAUUCUCCGACGCCAUGUCAAAGACAUGUGAAGACAACAAUGGUUGAUCUGAGAACCUAGUUUAGCGACAGAAGAUUUUAUGGAGUUCAGUCAAUUAAUUAUCAACUACCCAGAAGACAAAUUAUGUCUGCAUUACGAGUUCAACUCCAAUCGCCGUGGCAGUCUUACGGAAAAUGCAGCAAAUACUUCCCCUCCUCUUGGAUGAAAACGGGUUAAGUUUAAAAUUCCGACGAAAAGUCAAGUCAAAAGACUCAAGACUCAAGUCCAAAAUCAAGUCAAAAUUCGCGUCAAAACCCAAGGAAAAGGUUUGUAAACUGUGAUGGUGCAAAAACAAUGACAGUAUGCCGUGUUAACGACUGACAAAGACAAGGUUUUGACAAGCUAAAAAAGGACUGAGAGAAGCCACAGAGACGCUUAACAUACUGACAACAGUAUCACUUUCACAACAACAGGUAGAUUACCUGAUGACAUUCGUGAUGAUAAUGAUAAAGGUAAAAUCAAGAUUUAUCUUAAUUUCAAAGCAAAUAACUAACACGUUACAAGACCUACUGCCAGCUAGGAUGAUGCAGACGAGAAAGAUAAACCUCGAAACCGAUAAAAUUACACCGAACGCGGAGGUAUUCCGUUAGAUGGCAAACGAACUAACUUGACAAAUUAUAGAGAUAAACUUGUCAGAAUAGGAGAAGUUUACAAUCGGAAUGAAAUUAACACCUAAGAUCGUUGCUGUUAUCGCAUUGAUCGCUCAUUACAGUAAGAAUUUUCGGAUUGACUAACGGUCUACUGAUUGGCUGACUAACAGGCUAACAGCGCAACUGAAUGACCGAGUGACUUAAUAACUGACUCUAUGACUGCCUGAUUAAGCAAAUGACUGAGUGACAGACGACUGACUCACUGACGAAUGAUUUAAAUGUCUGUAUUCACUCCAUGAUUUUCAAACUGACUGACAGGCUAACUGAAUGAAAAAACUGAAUUAGGACUAACUCUUCUCUAACUAAGUGACCAAAUGGCCUACUGACUGAGAGACUAAAAGACAACUGCCUGACGGA